AAUUCAAAAAAGUUACUCUUUACAAUAGUAACACGAGUAGGAGUAACACCAAUAAAUAAUUUAUGCGUGGCAACAUUUUAGAGCAAGACUUCCUUUGUACACCAAUCGACCGUUUCUUUCUUCCCUCUUCCAAACUUGAAAAACCUCUCUUUUCUCUUUUCUGAUGACUGCUAUAAACCCAGUUUUACCAUUUUUGGUAAGAAAUCAGAACACCAUUUCUCCAGAAAAAAACCCAGAAGAACAAGAAGAAGAAGGAGGAGAGAGAAAUAGAACAAUGUUCUACUCACAGUGUCUUCUAUCAAGUAAAGGACCAUUGGGUGCUAUUUGGGUUGCUGGUUAUUUCUACAAACGCCUCAAAAAACGUCAAGUUACUGACACUGAUAUCAUCACUUCUGUUGAUAAAAUUGUUCUAGAAGGAUUGCCAUCUGUUACAUACAGGAUUUUGGCUUAUCUUCUCCUUGGCAUCGUGAGAAUCUACUCCAAGAAAGUCGAAUAUUUAUUUAAUGACUGUCACGAAACUGUUUCCGAUAUCAAUAGAUUCUCUGUUGGCAAAAAGGUAGUUUCCUUUAGAGAUAUUGUGCGAUCUUCUCCUUCCAUUACCCUGCCGGAGAGGUAUGAACUUGAUACUUUUCAACUGGAGGUUGCAGAUUGUGCAAGCAAGUGCAAUAUUGCACGAAAUGAAGAUAUUAGUAUUCAAGUUGGUGCAGGGAAAGAUGUUUUUUCUCAAUACUCUUUAGAUAAGCUACAAUUUGAAGAGGGCUCUUCUCUCUGGGAAGAUCUGAGUGAUGCUCAGACAUCACAAGGGGUCACUAUGCAACAGGAAACUUGGUCGUCCACUCAAACACCUGAUAAAUCAGCCUCUGAGCGAGAAACAUCUGGCCAUACUCAUACUCCUCCUGAUAAAGUUUUUUCACCUCAUCGGAUGGAAUUUAAUGGUGCAAGCUCUCCAGACCACUUGAAGGAUUUCAAAACAAGCAAGGAGAAGCUUCGAGAGUUAAGAUUUACUGAAGAAGAUGGUGUGGACUUUGAAUUGGAUGUUGAACUUCUCAAUAUGAUCAAUGAAUAUCAAGCACAAACUACUGAUAAUAUGGAUGAGGAUGCCCUAAAGAAAGAUCCAAUAGAAAAUCAAGAUUAUGUUAUAUUAAAAGAGAAGGAAGUGCCGUCUUCCACAGAGAAGACCCAUGAUUCAGAAGUUGCAAAUGCUGGAGUUACUGCUACUCCUGAGUUUAUGGUCGUGCCCACUCCUGCUAAGAAGGAGAAGAUUCAAAGACCUUGCAAAAGAAAAUGCGUGUAUGAUGAAAUUACAAUGUUGGAUAAUGAGAUAAUGAAGCGGGUCAUCAAGGGCGCAAGUGGCUUGGUAUGUAAGAAAAGGAAAGCUCCUCAUACAGUCAUCGAUUUGUGGAGGCUUCAUCGUAUUUCAGCCCUUCCAAACAGUUUUUUGGAGCCUUUGAUACCCUGCGAUGCUUUGGAACCGGAAGUCAUCUGCUGUGAAGUAAUGAAAGAAAGAACUGAACCAUCUUCAAGUCAUGCAAUCGAACCUAUUGAAAUUACCCAAGCUCCAGUAAAGCAGCAAGAUGCUGCAACUUCAAGUGCCCCCGCUGACAGUCGAUCAACAAUUGCUCCAGGAACUCCUAUUCAGUGUCCAAAUUCUGCCAGGGUUUUUGGAAGCUUCAGGGGUGCAGAUUCAGAUGGGGAAGGUGCUCACUCAUAUGAGAAUAGAAGGUUGGAGGUGUCUGUGCACGAUGGAGCGGAAGACAGUUGUGGUCCUAGUCUGUUGGCUGAGAUGAAUGAAAAUGAAGGAGAUAGUCAAGAACUCCAUAGGAACAAGAAUGGAGAAUUGUCUACUAGAACCAGAACUGUGGCGAGAUACCUGCGUCGAGUAAUCCAAAGAAAGAAGCAAGAAGGUGUAGAAGGCGUUACCCUGCUACCCAUUGUUAAACAUAAAACCAAGAGGGAAAAUGCAUUGCUGUUUUUCGAAAUACUGGCAUUGAAAACUGGCGGACUCAUAAAUGUAGUGCAAGAGAAAGCUUUCGGAGAUGUGCUUUUGCAGGAAACUCCUAAACUUGAAGAAGCUCUGAAGAAGUGCUGAUGAACUCAAUAGUGCUUAAAUAGAACUAUAGAAGUGGUAAAUAUGCCAGUUUUGCAGGAACUACAGUAGAUUAGUGAACUAGUUUCUUUUGUUGCUGCCUGCAACAAACACACCCAAGUAGAGUAUACUUUUCCUUUUUAAAAAAAUUUAAUUAUUAGAUUUUAUUAGGUGUUGUAAAUAUUUAGAA